UCUUUUAGGCUUUAGCUUUCUACUUAUUGGGAAGUAGAUAUUUCCCUGGACAAAAAGUCUUAUUACAAGAGCAGCACAUUUUGUGAGACUCAUGGCUCUGCAAUCUCCCUUCUCAUCUUCUUCCCUCAACUUUACAUGGAAAUACGAUGUGUUCAUUAGUUUCAGAGGCCAAGAUACCCGAUAUGGUUUCACUGGCAAUCUCUACAAAGCUCUCUGUGACAAAGGAAUCCACACCUUCUUUGAUGAUGACAAACUUCUAAGUGGAGAGGAAAUCACACCUGCAAUUAUCAAGGCAAUUGAAGAGUCCAGGAUUGCCAUCGUUGUACUCUCUCCUAACUAUGCUUCUUCUUCUUUUUGCUUAGACGAACUGGUCCAUGUCCUUCACUGCAUCAAGGGAAAUAAUCGCUUGGUUUUGCCUGUUUUCUAUGAGAUGGAUCCUUCUGAUGUGCGCCAUCUAAAAAACAGUUUUGGAGAGGCAAUGGCUAAGCAUGAGAACAGAUACAAGGAUCACAUGAAUAACAAGGUGGACAAAUGGAAGAAGGCUCUUAAAGAAGUAGCCAAUUUGUCUGGCUAUCAUUUCAAACACAGAAACGGAUAUGAACACAUGUUUAUUGGAAACAUUGUGGAUAACAUCUCAAAAAGGAUUAGACGACAUUCCACUUUGCUUGUUGCUGAUCACCCUGUUGGAUUGGAGUCCCCAGUGUCAGAGGUAGCUUCACUUCUAGAUGUUAACUCCAGUGCCGAAGUUCGAAUGGUAGGGAUACAUGGAAUUGGGGGAAUAGGGAAAACAACCGUUGCAACUGCCGUCUAUAACUUGAUAGCUGACCAUUUUGAAGGUGUGUGCUUUCUUGAAAACGUGAGAGAAAAUUCAAAUAGACACGGUUUAGUACAUCUUCAAACUAUUCUUCUUUCUGAGAUUUUAGGAGAGAAGGAUAUCAAGCUAACAAGUAGUAAACAAGGAGUUUUUGAGAUACAAAAGAGGUUAUGUCAAAAGAAAGUUCUUUUGGUUCUUGAUGAUGCUAAUGAGCAUGAGCAGUUAAAAGCUAUUGCUGGAAUGCCUGAUUGGUUUGGUCUUGGCAGCAGAAUCAUUAUUACAACACGGAACAAACAUUUGCUAAUACUUCAUGAGGUUGAAAGGACAUACGAAGUGCAAGGUUUAAAAGAGAAAGAGUCCCUUGAUUUGCUUACUUGGAAAGCUUUUAAAACUGCUUCUGUUAGCCCAGAAUACGAGAAUGUUUUAAACCGUGCAGUAACUUAUGCUUCUGGACUUCCAUUGGCUUUGGAAGUAAUAGGUUCUAACUUGUUUAGAAAAGAUUUACAGCAAUGGGAAUCUGCAUUGGAUCAAUAUGAAAAAGUUCUUGAUAAUAAAAUUCGUAAAAUACUUCAGGUUUGUUUUGAUGCUUUGGAAAAAGAAGAACAGAGUGUUUUUCUUGAUAUUGCCUGUUGUUUUAUAGGAUAUGAAUCAAUAGAGAAUCUACUUCAAGCUCAUUAUGGCCGUUGCAUGCAAUAUCAUAUUGGAGUGUUGGGUGAAAAAUCUCUCAUAAGGAUCGAUUGGUGUAAUAACAGGGUGACAAUGCAUGAUUUGAUAGUGGAUAUGGGCAAAGAAAUUGUUCUAGAAGAGUCACCAAAAAUACCAGGAAAGCGUAGUAGAUUGUGGUUCUAUAAAGAUAUAGUUAAAGUUUUUGAAGAUAAUCAAGGGACUAGCGCCAUUGAAAUCAUUUAUCUGGAAAGGGAUGUAGAAGUGAAAUGGGAUGGAACAACUUUUAAAGAUAUGAAAAAUCUUAAAACACUCGUCAUAAAAAAUGGUUGUUUCUCUGAAAGUCCCAAACAUCUUCCAAACAGUUUAAGAGUAUUGGAAUGGUGGAAAUAUCCUUCAAAGUAUUUUCCACAUGAUUUUCAACCAAAGGAGCUCUCAAUACUCAAGUUACCCCAUAAUAUCUAUAUGCCACCCAAGUUGGAUAGUCUAUCCAAGAAGCUGGUGAGCUUGAAAGUUUUGAAUUUUGAUUAUUGUAAUUCUUUGAAUGAGAUAGUUGAUGUGUCUAAUCUCCAAACUUUACAAGAAUUUUCGUUCAAAAGAUGUAAAAAUUUAGUUACAGUUCAUAGUUCAGUUGGUUUUCUGUCUAAACUUAAAAUAUUGAAUGCUGAAUAUUGCUGCAAGCUCAGAAAUUUUCCACCUACUAUUAAUUUGCCUUCACUGGAAAAACUCCUUCUAUCUGGUUGCUCAAGUCUCAAGAAUUUUCCAGAAAUUCCAGAAGAGAUGAAAAAUCUUGAAGUACUUUAUUUGCAUGGGACUGGCAUAAAAGAUUUACCAUGUUCAUUUCGUAAUUUUUCCGGAUUGUUUUGGUUGGUAAUGCAUGAGAAUUAUAAAAUGUGUAAGAUACCAAGUGUCAUUGGCAUGAUGCCACGGCUGUAUCAUUGUGACAUUGUUGUAGGAGGAAAUAAGGGGAGGGUAUUAGGAAAGCAGGAGGAGGGGCUUCAUGGAAUACACACUAACUCCCUCCCAUCUUUAAAUCUGAAAGAUCUUUCUCUCAUGAACAGCAAUUUGUCAGAUGACUUUUUUCCACUAGCUCUUGCAUGGUUUCCCAAUGUGGCAUCAUUAAAACUAAGUGGCAAUAAUUUCACAGUCCUUCCUGAAUGCAUCAGAAAAUUUCAAUUUCUAAUUUCCCUCAAUAUGGAUCAUAGCAAGUAUCUUCGGGAGAUUAUUGGGAUUCCACCAAACUUGAAAGAGUUCUCAGCAGUAAACUGCAAAUCAUUGAGUCCCAGGGGCACAAGUUUGUUGCUCAAUCAGAAAUUGCACGAGCGUGGGGGGACCAAGUUUGUGAUGCCAGGUGGAAAGAUUCCAAGGUGGUUUGAGAAGCGCAGCAGGGGAGCUUCUAUUUCCUUCUGGUUUCGUGGCACCAUAUUCCCUCGCCAUGCUCUUUGCAUUGCAGUUCUACUCACCGAUGACCUCCCUUCCCCAAUUGGAGUAAGACCCAUCGUGAGCAUUAAUGGCUACCAAUUCCUCCGUGGAAAAUGGGACACCGCAAUGGAUCAAUUAUUUAUUCUUAAUUUGUCAGAAACAAAUGUUUAUAGGUGCAAGUGCAAUGUAACACAACGUUUUGAAAACAAAUGGAAUCAUGCGGAGGUUUCAUAUGAAACACUUGACUACUAUACCUACGGCGAGGUCUCCAGUGAGUCCAUUGCAAAAGAGAUUGGAAUGCACGUAUGGAAGGAAGAGAGUAGUAGUAUAAUGGAAGGUAUUCGAUUCACUGAUCCAUACAAAAUGACACAAGUAAUUAUAAUGAUGAUCAUGCUCUCAAUAGCAUUCCCCAACCAUAAGAACCACCCCUUGCUCCUCCAAACAUGCAUUGGUUUGUGGACAUUGCUCUUUCUAACACACACACUCUUUCCAGCACCCACUCUGUAUGAUUUGGAUGAUAACUGUGCAAUUAGGAUUGGAAGAAUUGGAUAUCAGUGUUAGUUAAAUGACAUCCACACAGCUAUGUGCGUGCACCACUUAUGUCCUACUCUUAUCACUGUUUGUCUGUUACUCUGAUUUUAGUUUCAUUGACCUUCUUGUUCUUGCAGAUAACAUAAAACGCACAUAAUCUUCUUGUUUAUUUCAAUAAUGACGGAAAAGUAGAAAGGAGAAUAUCGUAAGAUAGAAAUAACCAUGCUUGUGUACUUGCUACUUGUUGAGCAACAGUUUAUAUUGAUUCUGAAUUUCUAACAAAAUGGGUGCUACCAAGCUAGGAAUGCAAAUAAGUAGCAUAUUAGUCUUAUCUCAAAAAGAAUGCGGAGCACAAAUAAUGGUUCUAGAAUAAUGUUACGGGAAAAAUAUUGGAAUGAAUGAAAAUGAUGAUCAGAGAAAGUUUUUUUAUC